AUGCCUCUACGAAGCCUGCCGCGCGGCUCAAUCGCGCUGAGAAGUGCGCGUCCGAAUGCGAUAUGGAGGCAAUGCGGAGCAAGCGCGCGUGUGGGCGCAAUGGCGCAAAGACGAUGGGCGAGCGAUGACAAGAAAUUGGGAAAGGAUGAAGAGAGGCCUUUCUACCUCCAACUAAACGAGAGCAUCUACGAGCGUGUACAAAAGGAAAAGGCCGAGCAGAUUAGGAUUCAGUCGCUGCAGCAAAGAACAGCACGGGGUCAAUUCUUUGCGACCGUCUUCGCAUGUCUCCUUACCGCAAGCAUAGGCUACUACUACGGCCAAUUGAUACCACCCAAGCCAGACACGAGCUCUACCGCACCACUCGAGACCUUUGUUCCUCCCAAGCACAAUAUUUCAGAGGCAAACAUGGAGGCGGCCUGGACCGACUUCCGCGACAUUGUAGGAAAGGAAAACAUCACACUGGACAGGCAUGAUCUCGAAUCGCACAGCGGUUCAUCGUGGUCUUCACAUCCCUCUUCACCAGGAGAUGUGCCGUUUUGCGUUGUGAAGCCAGGAAACACUCAGGAAGUCAGUGCCAUCAUGAAGGUCUGCCACGAGCGAAAAAUUCCCGUCACACCAUACAGUGGAGGAACAAGUCUGGAGGGGCAUUUUGCCGCAACAAAAGGAGGAAUUUGCAUCGAUUUCAGUCGCAUGGAUAAAAUCGUAAACCUACACAAGGAAGAUCUGGAUGUGGUUGUUCAGCCCGCCGUCGGAUGGGAGCACCUCAACGAGGAGCUCGCCAAGGACGGCUUUUUCUUUCCACCCGACCCAGGUCCAGGCGCAAUGAUUGGUGGUAUGGUUGGCACAGGUUGUUCAGGUACCAACGCAUAUCGCUAUGGCACGAUGAAAGAUUGGGUCGUGUCGCUCACCGUUGUGUUGGCUGACGGAACAAUCAUCAAGACCCGGCAACGACCACGAAAGUCUUCGGCAGGCUAUGAUCUUACGCGCAUGUUUGUCGGAAGCGAGGGUACCUUGGGUCUAGUCACAGAAGCUACUCUGAAAAUCAUUCCCAAGCCCCAGCACACCAGUGUAGCCGUAUGUGCCUUCCCAUCUAUCCGCGCCGCAGCAGAAUGUGUCUUCAAAGUCGUCGGCGCAUCCGUUCCCAUCGCCGCCAUUGAGAUCCUAGACGAAGUCCAGAUGCAAUGCAUCAACGACGCUGGCCAAACGGCAAAAACAUGGAAAAACGCACCCACGCUCUUCUUCAAGUUUGCCGGUACCCAAAGCGCCGUCAAAGAACAAAUCGCCCAAGUCCAAGCCUUCGCCAAGAAGUCUGGUUCUGUAAGCUUUGAAUUUGCCAAAUCUGAGCAAGAAAAAGAGGAGCUCUGGCAGGCUCGAAAAGAAGCCCUAUGGAGCGUCAUGGCAAAGGGAAAAGGCGACCCCAACAUCGCCGUCUGGACCACCGACGUUGCAGUCCCUAUUUCCAAACUCCCGCAAAUCAUUGAAGAAUCCAAGCAGAAAAUUACUGAGAGUGGAUUGCUGGCUAGUAUCGUCGGUCAUGUCGGUGACGGAAAUUUCCACUCUAUCAUCCUAUACGACCGCACCCGCGACUUCAACAAAGCGUCGCAUCUCGUCCACGAAAUGGUGAAACGCGCUAUCGAGCUUGAAGGUACGGCAACGGGCGAACAUGGUGUCGGCAUUGUCAAACGCGAUUAUCUACCCCAUGAGUUGGGUACUGAGACCGUGGAUGCUAUGAGACAGCUUAAGAAGGCGUUUGAUCCCUUGUGUCUUUUGAAUUGCGAUAAGGUUGUGAGGGCGGCGAAGCCGGGGGGAGGGGAGGUGGCGGAGUGGUAA